AUGGGUAUGCAGUAUUUGUUUUCUAGGCAUAUUCUAGGCAGAUGUGCAUUGCAUAGGGGCUACCUGAGAAAGUAGAUUUAAUACCUCAGCUAUUAAAUGGUUGAGAUUUUAAUUCAUUGCUUGGAAUGCUUUUGGUUGUUAUGUCUGUAUGCUGUCAAUGCCAGACUCUCAAUGUCAAUUAAAAGAUAACAAUGUAACAAGGAGAGCAAGAGAGAGAGAGAGAGAGAGAACAAGGACACUGUUACUGCUACAACUAUUAUUGAGUCAUCUAGUAGUCUUUCCCAUGGAAAAUGCAUUAGAUUGUGUUCAUUCCAAUUAAUGUCAGGCAGUGUAAAGGUUUGAUGUUGCCAUCUGGGUACUGGGUUAAUACUGGGUCAACAAUGUGGGCCUUUGGGGGUACCUUUGACCUUUGACAUUGUGAUUAUACACAAUUGUAAAAUAAGAACUUUAGCUUUAUUUUGUUUAUUUGUAUUUUGUUUAUGUGAACUACCUUGCUCCCAAAUUAUUGAUAUUUUGACUUCCACAAUGUAUUUUGUUCCCAACUGGAUUUCACUAAAAUAUUCUGUACAAUUGUCUGCCCUUCCUCCUCCUGAAUCUAUCUUCCUCAUCUGAACACCCCCCUGCUCUGUUGUCUCCCCCACAGUGCUGUGCCCUGUGUCAGCCAUAACAGUGAGCUCCCCUGCAGAGGUCCAUUCUGUGAGGGGCGAUGCCGUCACCCUGACUUGCACCUUCACCUCCAACAGCCGAGCUACUAGCCGUAUGUCAGUGGACUGGUCCUACAGGCCCCAGACCGGAGGCCCUCCGCAGGCAGUAAGUACCCACCAUAGAAAAUGAAUCAGUAUAUUAAGUUGAUUGUUAAUAAAGCACACAUUGAAUGAAGAAUUAUUGUGCUUUUAUGUCCUGGCAUGGGUACACUCAAUAUGGCUGCCGCCGGCCCACCCAUCCCGAUACGUUGACUUGAAUUGUAAUGCCCGUUCUAGUAAAUAGAUAUUUAUAUGGUACCCUUAACCCCUGGGAAUAUAACCCAAAAAAAAUAGGCAGUUAGGGGCAGGAAUCAGGAUCACUCUUCCACAUCUUGGUGAUGUGGUAAAUGUAUGUUAAAUGUAUGCCUCGAGCUGGAAGUUACGAGUCAGGUCUCCGACCCCAAAGCUCCCCUAGAUCCAAUUUCCUUGUCGAUACUCUGAGCGGCUGACCACGUAAGUUUUUAAUUCCAUUUGAAGUGGCCGAUAAUGUAUACGCUAUGUAGUUGUUGGGAUAUCAUAUCUUAUAGGAGCUCUCAGCGCUAAGUUAUGGCUAAUGUGCUGUGGCUCCCUUAGGAGCUGUUGGUUUAGUCAUUAAGAUGUAGUAGUCAGGCCUGCAGCUGUGUCAGUGUUAGCAGAUAGAGUGGGCUGUUACGUCACUAACACAAAAUCUUUAUCCUAGGGGUGUGUCUGCUUGACUGUAUAAGAAUAGCUGGGGUUGGUCAAUACCAGAGUAUAGUGGAAACCAACAAGAUCCUUGGUUUCAUUCCUUCAUUUACUUGAACAAGUUUGUUCUGUGCAACUAUAGACACAUAGUGAAACGUGCAGAACUUUUCGCUGCAUAGCCCAACAGAGCUAGCCAACACAACAGAGCUAGCCAACACAACAGAGCUAGAGAGUGAAUUUGUCUCUCAUGGCAUAUUUGUUUCCAUCCAAUUUCAUUAGUGGAUUCGGCCACUUAUUGCCACAAUCAUAUAUCAAAAGGAACAGUGAAUAAGCAUUUGAAAACUAAAUCAUAAAUAUAAUUUACCAGUCAAGGCUUGAGAACUAUGAAUUGGUGGUGUGCUUCAGUCUCCCUGCAUAAUUAUCAAUAUCUUGAUGAGAAUUCAUUUUCAGGACUGAAAGACAGCUCUAAAUGGCUAAUGACUCAAUCAUAUAUCAGUAGUAACGUAUAGCGAUGGAGGACUUGGAUGGCUUGUGAGUACACCACAUCAGUCACUGGCUUCAUCAAUAAGUGCAUUGAUGAUGUCGUCCCCACAGUGACCGUACGUACAUACCCCAACCAGAAGCCAUGGAUUACAGGAAACAUCCGCACUGAGCUAAAGGGUAGAGCUGCCGCUUUCAAGGAGCGGGACUCUAACCCGGACGCUUAUAAGAAAUCCCGCUAUGCCUUCCGACGAACCAUCAAACAGGCAAAGAGUCAAUACAGGACUAAGAUUGAAUCAUACUACACCGGCUCUGACGCUCGUCGGAUGUGGCAGGGCUUGAAAACUAUUACAGACUACAAAGGGAAGCACAGCCGCGAGCUGCCCAGUGACACAAGACUUCCAGAUGAGCUAAACCACUUCUACGCUCGCUUCAAGGCAAGCAACACUGAAGCAUGCAUGAGAGCACCAGCUGUUCCGGAUGACUAUGUGAUCACGCUCUCCGUAGCCGAUGUAAGUAAGACUUUUAAGCAGGUCAACAUUCACAAGGCCGCAGGGCCAGACGGAUUACCAGGACAUGUACUCCAAGCAUGUGCUGACCAACUGGCAAGUAUCUUCACUGACAUUUUCAACAUGUCCCUGACUGAGUCUGUAAUACCAACAUGUUUCAAGCAGACCACCAUAGUCCCAGUGCCCAAGGACACUAAGAUAACCUGCCUAAAUGACUACCGACCCGUAGCACUGACGUCUGUAGCCAUGAAGUGCUUUGAAAGGCUGGUCAUGGCUCACAUCAACACCAUUAUCCCAGAAACGCUAGACACACUCCAAUUUGCAUACCGCCCCAACAGAUCCACAGAUGAUGCAAUCUCUAUUGCAGUCCACACAGCCUUUUCCCACAUGGACAAGAGGAACACCUACGUGAGAAUGCUAUUCAUUGACUACAGCUCAGCAUUCAACACCAUAGUGCCCUCAAAGCUCAUCACUAAGCUAAGGAUCCUGGGACUAAACACCUCCCUCUGCAACUGGAUCAUGGACUUCCUGACGGGUCGCCCCCAGGUGGUAAGGGUAGGUAUCAACACAUCUGCCACACUGAUCCUCAACACGGGGCCCCUCAGGGAUGCGUGCUCAGUCCCCUCCUGUACUCCCUGUUCACCCAUGACUGCAUGGCCAAGCACAACUCCAACACCAUCAUUAAGUUUGCCAACGACACAACAGUGGUAGGCCUGAUCACCGACAACGAUGAGACAGCCUAUAGGGAGGAGGUCAGAGAACUGGCCGUGUGGUGCCAGGAUAACAACCUCUCCCUCAACGUGACCAAGACAAAGGAGAUGAUUGUGGACUACAGGAAAAAAAGGAGGGCCGAACACGCCUCCAUUCUCAUCGACGGGGCUGUAGUAGAACAGGUUGAGAGCUUCAAGUUCCUUGGUGUCCACAUCACCAACAAACUAUCAUGGUCCAAACACACCAAGACAGUCGUGAAGAGGGCACGACAAAGCCUAUUCCCCCUCAGGAGACUGAAAAGAUUUGGCAUGGGUCCUCAGAUCCUCAAAAAAUUCUACAGCUGCACCAUCGAGAGCAUCCUGACUGGUUGCAUCACCGCCUGGUAUGGCAACUGUUCGGCCUCCGACCGCAAGGCACUACAGAGGGUAGUGCGUACGGCCCAGUACCUCACUGGGGCCAAGCUUCCUGCCAUCCAGGACCUCUAAACCAGGCGGUGUCAGAGGAAGGCCCUCAUAAUUGUCAAAGACUCCAGCCACCCUAGUCAUAGACUGUUCUCUCUGCUACCGCACGGCAAGCGGUACCGGAGUGCCAAGUCUAGGUCCAAAAGACUUCUCAACAGCUUCUACCCCCAAGCCAUAAGACUCCUGAACAGCUAAUCAUGGCUACCCGGACUAUUUGCUUGUAUAAGACAUGAGCAAAUCAAUACAAUAUUAAUUUAAAUAUAAUUGCCCAUGAUCCAUCAGGUUUUUAUUUGGUGAGUCAGUACCGUUACGGUAACCACAAAGCUUUUAACCACACCCUAACAUUGCACCCUGAGAGCCGGUUUCCCGGACCCAGAUUAUUCCAGAAUUGAAAAUCAUCGUCAAUGGAAAAUCUCCAUUGAAAGUGAGUUUUAGUCCAGGACAAGCUUUAAUCUGGGUCUGGCUCUGAAUGUUUCAUAGGAACUUGGCUGUGUAUAAUCUGCAUUUGGCUAGGUGUAACCUGUCUGAGGUAGGCCUAAGCAUUUGUCUGGGUUGACUGGGUGCAGUGAUAAGAUUUACUGCGCUGUCAGUAUCAGCCCUCUCAGCUCAAUGGCUGUCUGAACUGAAGUGCCUCCAGGAGAGCCCAGCCCAUACAGAGCUAUAAAACAAUAUAACUGUUAAGCACCAUUGAUUGUUAACAGGCCUGCCGUGUGUUCGUCUUUGUGUAUAUUUUCCUAUGCCGUUUAUUCCCUAUGUGUAGUUUGUUUUCUUCAAUGUGGCUCUUUGACACUUCUUAUUGUCUAUUUGUCUGUGUAUUACGGUCUGAUGAGUACAACCCUAUUUUAGCUUCAACUUUAUUCAAACCCCUAUUCGAAACCAGUCCCAGUCUUCUAUCCCCCCAUCCCCCCCCUUACUUUUCGAAACACGGUAAUGGUUAGUGUGAUUGAUGCAGUAUUUCUGUUGUCUGUGUCUUGUAAAGUGGCUCUGUAGUUGCCAAGGUCUGAGUAACACUGUCCUAACCCUAUGCCCAGAGCCGUCACAAUCUCUCCUCUUCUCUUUGUUCCUCAGUUCUUCCACUUCUCCUCUCUGGCGUUCCAUCCGCAGGAUGGCCAGUUUAACGGGCGUGUGAAGUGGCUGGGCAGCCCGGCCCGGGGCGAGGCCUCCAUCCAGCUCCUCAACGCCUCCCUCAGCGACAACGGCACCUACACCUGCUCCGUCAGGAACCCACCCGACGUCCACGGAUCCCCUACCUCACAGACCGUCCUCACUGUGAUGCCCAAAGGUGAGGCAAUUCCUCAGAGAAAUUGAUAUUUAGGGCCAUGCAUUGAUGUUAAUGGGACAUUUGAGCACAUUUUCCAGUAAGAAAAAGUCAGGAUUUUGCCCUUAAUUGAGAGGCAGGAGUUUAGGAUGUGUUAGUAAAGGUGAUUGUGGGUUCACCCUAUUGACCUUAGGAAUGAUGACGUGUAGAACAUGACUGUGUGGGAAUUGGGGAGAUUUACUUCUCAUUGGGCAGUAAAACCUACUACCUCCUGUUCAAUACUGGUAUAGUCGGGCGCAUAUUUAUUGGUGCCUUUUCAAAGACUUAUACAGUAGAUUUAGGUACAUGUGCUCUACAGAUUGAGUCAUAUUUUUCACAAAGCUAAAACAAUCCCUCUUUUAAAAGCUUUUGAGCACAGGGUGCAGAUUCAUUUGACAGGUUUAUUAAAGCAACUGUACACGAGAGGGCGUGUUAAAUUACUUUUUUAGCACGGCUGUGCUAGGUACGAGGCAGAUCUCGUACCUAAAGAGAUCAUGGAAUCUUUACCGUCUCCUGUUUGUGCUGAUAUUGAGUGUGUAUGUAAUUAUGAGGAACCCUCUCCACAGUGCCCGCGGUUCGCUUUUCGGACGUGGCGGUGCUUUUAGCCUUCAUCCUGCUUCCUUCCACAAUCAUCACGCUGGCUCUGCUGGCUCGCAUGUGCUGCCCUCCGAAGGACAAGAGCCAGGUCCAGGGCUACCACUCCCCCAUUGAGGUCACACACGGGUGAGUGCAUUUACUCCUCAAUCAGCGCACCAGUUCUUCAGGGCCUCCUAGACAUAUGGACAUAUGGCUUUAAAGAAGUGAUGGUUUCUGGUGAAGGGAGCCCCCAUCCCUUACUUGCUGAAUGGACAUUAUGGCUUUUUCCCAAUAAAUCUUUCCUUGAUUCCUUGCGUCCUCUCUCCUCGCCUCCUUCUCAAAAUGCGUUGGAGAAGAGAGUCCAAGGGGAGGGGCAGUGGACCUUCUCCUUCAAUACGAUUGAGAAGGAGCUGAGCAGAGAGGAUGCAAGGAGAGAGGUGUUGAGGAAAGAUGAAUUGAGAAAUGGCCUUGAGCCAAUAUAGCAAAUUACUAAUGCAAUUUGAUUUAACCAAUUUGAACUCUACCAUCUUUGUGACAGAGAGGAGCCUGGCUUCAAGCAGAUCCACCACAAGGAGAAAAACAUGACAUGCUGCGACCUAUAUUUGCUGGUAUGGCACUUUUUUGCUCAUGAAUUACUUAAGGGCACAUGUCUCGCCCGAUCAAUUUCAUACUCUAAAUUGUACAUGUAGUCUACGUCUGACAAUAAGAGAUGUCUAUAAAAUAUUGAUGUUACCCCACUUCCUGUCCCUAGGAUUCCGACGAUGACGAUUACUACACCCACAAACCGAGGCCUCCGGCUCAGGGAGAGACCAUGGCCGAGUCUCAGUGCUAG